ACUGAGACGUCGGUGCCAUGAAGGAGCACCUGAAGGCAGCAUCAGCCUUCAGCCCUCUCUUGAGCCCUUACAUAAUGCGUUAGGAAAUCCCGCCCACUUUCUUAGACUGCAAAUAAGGCUGCAGGCAGAAGGUGCUCUUCAGUUUGAGCUUUAACCAAGUUAAUAAAAGUCAUCUGCAGUUUGAGGAUCCACUUCAGAAAACUUUUAGCAUACUGCGGAACGAGAAUAAAGGAUUCACUUACUUUGCGUUGGAGAGGACUUGCACAACCUGGAAAAAAAAUGAUUUUCGACAAGUUGAAAAAGUUUGACAUCGUCUUCGACUCUCCGGAGGUGGACAGUGCCCCGGUGUUCAGCAGCGGGGACGUGGUGUCCGGCCGGGUGGUGCUGGACCUGUCCGCGGAGAGUCGGCUGGACUCCCUGAAGCUCCACGCUGAGGGAUUCGCUAAAGUGCACUGGACUGAGUCCCGGUCCGCCGGCUCCAGCACCGCAUACACCCAGAACUACAGCGACGAGGUGGAGUACUUGAACCGGAGAGAGGUGCUGCUGCAGGCAGAUAAUGGUGAAGUAACCGUCCUCCCUGCAGGCAGACAUGAAUUUCCAUUCAGCUUCCAGCUGCCUGAGGAGACGCUGGUCACCUCCUUCGAGGGGAAACACGGCAGCAUCCGUUACUGGGUCAAAGUGAAGCUACACAGGCCGUGGGCCACCGUCAGGAAGAUCAAAAGGGAGUUUACAGUUAUCGAGCCCAUUGACAUCAACACACCGACCUUGCUGGCGCCACAGGCUGGAGCGAAGGACAAGAUGGCACGGGCAUGGUACCGCAACUUUGGAGAGGUGUCUAUAUCUGCAAAGAUCGACCGCAAAGGCUACACACCAGGUGAGGUGAUACCGGUCUUUGCGGAGUUUGACAACUCUACCUCCAGAUCAGUUGUGCCCAAAGCCUACAUCACGCAGACACAGACGUUCAUUGCCCGCGGCACCAUGAAGCAGAAGCGUGCGGUGGUGGGCACCCUGUACGGUGAUAUUGUGGGGGCCAGAUCCAGGGAGACAUGGCACGGUCGCGCCAUCAAGAUCCCACCCAUGGGUCCGUCCAUCCUGCAGUGCCGCAUCAUCAAAGUGGAGUACAUGCUCAAGAUUUGUGUUGAUGUUCCUGGGACAUCUAAGCUGUGUCUGGAGCUGCCACUGGUCAUAGGCACCAUCCCCCUCCAUCCCUUCGGCAGCCGGACCUCCAGCGUCAGCAGCCAAUACAGCGUCAACCUGGAGUGGCUGCGCAUGGCCAUCCCUGAGCAGCCUGAGUCUCCUCCAGACUACAGCUCCAUAGUGACAGAGGAGGAGGCCGAGCAGCGUAACAAUGCGGUGGCCCCGCAACCCGCCGAAGAUCUGAGUGGGAUCCUGGAGCGCCCCCUCAUGGCAUUCCUUCAAGAGUUUCGCUUCCGACCUCCGCCAAUGUACAGCGAGGUUGACCCCAACCCUCAGCCCUUAAACAUGAGACGUCGCUGCAUGACGUGUUGAACCAUGAGCCCCGCCUGAGAGUCAAGCAACUUAACUUAAAGAAACGAAUCAAGAGAUUUGUCUUCUCCUGGAUUACUUCUCUCCAAUAAAUGGCAGCUGAUUCCACAGAGUGUUGUGGAUAGGGACUGCAGCGCCACGGAGAGUUCAGGAGACGGAGCUCACAGGAACUGGAUGUCAGUGGAGAAGUCGCCACCAGUCCAUAAAGAAAAGUGGACUCUUUCCUGUUCUGUUACGAGGAAAGUAGCUUCUCCACAUCAGUUCCCGUUCCACAAGUGAUUUAUUUGGCUCCUUUUCAUGAAGUGUCUCCCAAUCAAAGAUUCACUCAUGUGAAGUGAAUUUUGAGAUUUAAGGAGUUUAGGACACAUUGGGGGUGAAAGGUCACUUGCUAUUUGUUAGGUGGACAGUUGGAGUUGCACCUAGUGUUAAAAAAAGAAAAAAAAGAAAAAGCACUCUGGAGAAGCUGACAUAUCUUUAGAAGCACGUUGUCAUGAUUGACUAGUGUAAGAAGGUGCAAUCUUAACUUUACAACUCUUCUUGUCCUGGCAACACAGUAGAUUUGAACAACCUACAUUGCUAUGCAUUGUGUGACAAAGCCGCAGUGUGCCUGCGAUGAUUUCUACUAUUAGUUAAGCACAUACUGUAUCUGAAGGUGUAAUGGUGGAGCAGACAAGUCAAGUAAUCAGAUGUAGAUGUAUUUUAUGCAUGCCAGUCACAAUAUGUUAAAGGGAAAAAUACACAUGCUAUAAUUAUCUGCAGCUGAAGAUUGCAUGAGAGUUCCAUGGAGUCGUUCUCUCAUAGAGCUGAAUGUAUUCUGCAAAAACUCUGAACAAAAAUGGUUGCCUUGUACGUGGAUGGAUUCCGAGAGGUGUGUUAAUGCCAGGCUUAAGGCACUGAAGAUAGACGACAUAUUGUUAGCUGUGAUGGUUGAUUCUAGCUCAGCGAUGAAAUAGGAUGAGCAUUUGGGGUAUAAAGCUUCACCAGGCCCUUAGAUUAGCUCUCCCAGCUGCUAAACAAAAGGAGACGGAGACCUCUGGGCCACGUAGUCUAUAGCUUUUGAUGAGAGCCAGAUGCCUCUGUGCUGUGGGGCGCUUUGUGACGCUCCACCAGAACACAGUGCUCCGCAGUCAAGUCGAGCCUUGAGCUGGAGAUGCCACUGAAGUGUAUGGACAAAGAACAUUCCAAAAACUCGAGGGUUAUGUUUUCUCCUCAACUUCCAAAAAGACUGUAAGAGUGUGAAAGAAGACUUCCGGGUCAGCUGUGCGACCUUGGUGGCAUGCACUGGAAAAAAAACAAAUAUUUUUUUUUUAUACAAAUUGUAGAUUCACAAUCUUGCCAAAGUUUUGUAAUCUUUUUUUUCUAAUAAAAAAAAUUGUCUUCACUG